GAAGCUGCGGCUUCUCUCGCGGUAAAAGCGGAUCUCCGCGUGUCUGAUUGGGCAUGACCUCGGCCGGAGGGCGCGGUUCUAUGUUUGAAAGUGAGACUAUCGCCAUGUUUUUGCACUUGUCAAUGGCGUCACACGUAGUGGUUGCCUCACGUUGGGCAAAGCGUAAGCCUGAUUGGUUCAGGAGAGCCGCCAACUCGAGGAAUGACUUGGUGUUGGGUUGUCGACGACACAAACUUUGUGGAAAGAUUGCUCUCUGGAUGAAAACGGGGGUCAAGCCUUCCGAGGUUCUAGGUUUCGCUAGAACAUGAGGACGCGAAGCAUGAGGUAGGCCAAGUAACUUGAACUUAUUCAGCCAAACUUCGUUGGCUUUGUGAAGCUAAUUGAUACACGAACACUCUACAAGCACUCUUGAUACAUUACAAGGCCUGUGUAACCAAGCGAGUGA